CGAGCGACUGCACCGCCUCGUCCGUGGCGCCUCCGAACCGCAGGCUCAGCCGACAGACGCCAGCGAGGAGCCGCAUCGUCGUCGCGCGCGCCUCUGUCAUCGACUCGAGAAGGACGAGGACACGGCCAGCACACCUUCCGCCCGACGAACAGGGAGAAGCAUGUCCGCUCAGCCCGGCGAGGAGCGAGGCUCGGAGGGGACGUGGUUCGGGGAUGACUACGAGAGGAACGGCCUGUUUGGGACCGCACCGACCCGCUUUGACGAGCUGCGCGAGGAGAUGAAGCCGAGGGGCGGCGAGGCGGCGGACGACCUGGAUCAACAAUAUCAUCUGUUCCAGGACGACGGAAAAAGGCCUCCCGUUGCUAUGGAAACUGCAUCUACAGAUUACUCCAGGUCCGGUGUGUCCAGGAAGCCGGUUAGUGAUGAUGGCGAUGUGUACACCUCCCUACUGUCCAAUCAAAGCCUCACGUCGGGUCGCGAGGCCUCCUACCUGUCGGGCGACUCCAAACCCUCUGCCCUGGACCACUUCUCCAGCGACGCCUACGGCUUCAGCUCCAAAACCAGGAUGACGUCGGACCUGGCCGACGACCCGCCCAAGUCUCUGCUGGGCCCCGACAAGACCGAGUCCUACAACUACAUGGACAUCAGCCACGAGGACGAGCACCGCGGCCGGCGCCAGGCGGGUCCGCAGAGCCUGAUGGACAAAGGCCCCGCCGGGCGCGACCUGCUCUGCGGCUACAUGGACAAGAACGAGGAGGAGGAGGAAGAGGAGGAUGAAGAGGAGAACCUCGGCCCGGCGCUGGGCUCCCACUCCUUCCCCUACGUGGAGGAGCCGUCUGACGAGGAGCUGUCGGACUACCGCUCCUACCGCAACCUGGGCGGCACCCCGCAGACCGCCAGCCCGGUCAGGAUCACCUUGACGGAGUCCCAGUGCACGGCGGCCAAGGCGGCGCCGGCGCCGCUGCAGCAGGUCGCGCCUGGCGGCGCCGGCGACCGCGAGAACGUCCUCAGCGUGGGCUUGCAGGGGGUUCCCACCGUGACGCUGUCGGAACCCGAGGACGAGAGCCCAGCUUCCACCCCGAACGCUUCACCAACACAAAAGCACUUCUCUUCCCAUGACGAGUACAAGGCCGACGCGGCCAAACCCGCGGCCUCCAAAAGCAGCAGGGCUCACGACGGCAGCAGCGCCGAGUCCGGAGACUCGGAGAUCGAGCUGGUGGCCGAGGAGCCUCCCACGGCCGGCACCAACCCCUUUGCCCCGCCGCCCAAAAGCAAGUGUGCCGUCAGCCAGCCCAACAACCCCUUCGACCCCCCCCCGGGCGCCAAGGCCGCUUUGGGCCUGGCCGGCAACCACGCGUCCACGGCCUACAGCAUCCUGAGGGAGGAGAGGGAGGCGGAGCUGGACAGCGACCUCUUCAUCGAGUCGGCGUCGGAGGAGAGCCCAAAGCGGGAGCAGGGCUUCAGUGGGCCCAAACAGGGCAUCAGCCCCCCCUCCCCCCUGCUCCCCAGCGCCGCUCCUCCCCGCAGCGCCGUGGAGGCGGUGGCGGCGGAGCCCCGGGCCCCAGAGAAGGUCCCGACCCCGGUGAAGGCGGAGGAGGAUCGCCCCAGCAAGCCCAAGCCCCCCACCGCUGCCGUGCCCCCCGAGGUGAGGGUGGAGCAGCCUCCUCAGGACGACACGCACAAGCGCACGACUGAGGGCCAGGGAGACGUAGGAAAAGCCAGUGCCUCAAUGUUUCUGGAGGGCUUCAACAAGCAAAAAGCAAUUGACCUGCUCUACUGGAGGAAUGUGAAGCAGUCGGGGGCAGUGUUCAGCAGCGUGCUUCUGCUCCUCUUCUCCCUGACCCAGUUCAGCGUGGUCAGCGUCGGGGCCUACUUAGCCCUAGCGGCGCUCUCCGCCACCAUCAGCUUCAGGAUCUACAAGUCCGUGCUGCAGGCCGUGCAGAAGACCGACGAGGGACAUCCCUUCAAAUCCUACCUGGAGAUGGAAAUCUCUCUGUCCCAGGACCAGAUUAGUAAAUAUGCUGACAAGAUCCUGCUGUACGCCAACACCUGCAUGAAGGAGCUCCGCAGGCUGUUCCUCGUUCAAGACCUGGUCGACUCCUUGAAGUUCGCUGUCCUGAUGUGGCUGCUGACCUACGUUGGUGCGCUCUUCAACGGCCUGACACUGCUCAUUCUAGCUGUGGUCUCCAUGUUCACCAUGCCUGUGGUCUAUGAGAAACAUCAGGCACAAAUCGACCAGUACGUGGGACUAAUACGGACCCAGGUCAACUCUGUGGUGGGAAAGAUCCAGGCGAAGAUCCCCGGGGCCAAGAGGAAGGAGGAGUAAACGGGUCUGUCUCACCGUGCAGCGGACCGUCCAGUCCAGCUCAGAGUCAGGCCUCUCGCUCACCGUUCAGAGCCUGGUCAUCAUCUGUGGGGCGUAGUGCUAUGUCAUCUUGGUGUUCUCUAAAAGCAUCCACCGGAGAAGCCGUCACCGUGUCUAUAGCAGUCUAAACACUAACACACACAGUCACACUUACGUAACCUUGUUUCUAGGUAGACAAGUACACAACUCGAAAACUAAAAAAAAGAAACUGACUUCUCUCUUGCUCAUGAUUAAGUGCAUGAUGUUGAGCCUUGGGUAAAUAAUAUUUGAUAUCUUUUGUGAAGUUUUUAAAUCACACCACAUUCUUGCUUUGCAGUGCUUAUUACAAACUGUAUGGUUUGGCACAAAAAAGCUAAAUGCCCACAGACGUGCUCUCCUGCCAAUGUUAAAUACUGCUUCAUGUUUAAGUUAGCAGAUCUCUCGGUAUAUGUCAAUAUAUAAAUAUCAAAUCAUUUUCUUUUGGUGUUUUGAAGCACAAAAUAAUUUAACAAUAUGCGUCUUAGAUGUGGUAAUUGUAGGGUUUUUGCUUUUGUAUAACCUUAAGGAACAAUACACACGCUCAUGUUUUAAAUACUGUUGUAUGACUACUAUAAAGACAAGGAGUAUCUGGUGAUAUUUAGCUUGUUUGAAUAACUGUCCAACUUUGUACAAUGUUCAACUAUACUCUGUAGUUCUUUAGACCCUGGACUCUAACUAUUUGCACUUACAGUAUGUAUUUAAUUACAAGAAUAAGGAAAAUAAAUGUACCUUGAUGUA